UCACUUGGUGUACAUCUAUGUCUGGGAGACAUUCUCAGCACAUUCUCUGGUACCUGUGAUACUUUCGUCUCCACUCUCAGGAUGAACUUCCAUUCUUCAAAGAGUUCCCACUGCAAAUAAAUAUUCAGUGAUGCAGUCUGUAGUUAGCCAUUUGGGGCAAGUGGUUCACAAUUCAUUUUGGGUUUAGCAGUCAUGCUGUUUGAUUCUUUGUCCAGCCAUAGGAAGUUCCUCUUAGGGGUCUACCUGAUCACAUUAAGCAAAAUGAAUAGUGACUCUAUAUAGGUUGUCUUCUAGGCUUGGCUUCAAAAGGUGUUUGGAUUUUGGGAGAAAGUUAAAUCAAGCAAUGCUUCCAAAGGAUAACUUUAUAAAUUCACAUCUUUUGUCCCUCUCACCUUUUUUUUUUUCUUUCAUAGACAAUAACUCUACCUUUCUGCUUUAAAGCAAAAUAAACUCGGUGGCCUCUCCUCCAUCCCUCAAAAUGAUAGCUAUCUCUGCAGUCAGCGGAGCCCUCCUGUUCUCCCUACUCUGUGAAGCGAGUGCCGUCAUCUUACUCAAUUCCACUGACUCAUCCCCGCCAACCAAUAAUUUCACUGAUAUUGAAGCAGCUCUAGAAGCCCAACUAGAUUCUGCGGAUAUCCCCAAAGCCAGGCGGAAGCGCUACAUUUCGCAGAAUGACAUGAUCGCCAUUCUUGAUUAUCACAAUCAAGUUCGGGGCAAGGUGUUCCCACCUGCAGCUAAUAUGGAAUAUAUGGUUUGGGAUGAAAAUCUUGCAAAAUCUGCUGAGGCCUGGGCGGCUACUUGCAUUUGGGACCACGGACCUUCUUACUUACUGAGAUUUUUGGGCCAAAAUCUAUCUGUACGAACUGGAAGGUAUCGCUCUAUUCUCCAGCUGGUCAAGCCAUGGUAUGAUGAAGUCAAGGAUUAUGCCUUUCCAUAUCCCCAAGAUUGCAAUCCCAGAUGUCCUAUGAGGUGCUAUGGCCCCAUGUGCACACACUACACACAGAUGGUUUGGGCCACCUCCAAUCGGAUUGGAUGUGCAAUUCAUACUUGCCAAAACAUGAACGUUUGGGGAUCUGUAUGGCGAAGUGCGGUUUACUUAGUAUGCAACUAUGCUCCAAAGGGCAAUUGGAUUGGAGAAGCACCAUACAAAGUAGGGGUACCAUGUUCAGCUUGUCCUCCAAGUUAUGGAGGAUCUUGUACUGACAAUCUUUGUUUUCCAGGAGUAACGUCAAACUACUUAUACUGGUUUAAAUAAACUUACCUUUUCCUCCAGGAAAUAUAAUAAGUUUCUGGGAAUCAUAGGCAUGUAUGUAUAUUGAAUUUUGCACAUAUUAUACAUAUUUUAUGAUAAUCUUGUUUUACUUUUAGUAUUCAUUUGUAUAAAUUAAUGUUUAUUUACUAUGUUUGUUUAAUUCUUUG